AUGAAUAACAGUUUACAAUAUGUAGCUUGUAGAACAAGUUUUGAGAAGUCAAUUAUGAAGCGAACCAAAAGCCUCAACUCACUCAACCUCAACCACUACCCAUUCCACUUCUAUUUCAACCUCAACCACAACCCAUUCCAUCCAUAUUUCAACCUCAACCCUUUACACCUUCAUUUCAACCACAAUCCAACCAACUUAUUCAUCCUCAACCCCAAUCAAGACCCAAAUCCACCCAAUCUCAUCCUUCAAUAUCUCAACCCCCACCCAUAUAUCGAUCUCGUCCUCAAUCCACUCAAUCUUACCCUCCACCACCGCAAUCUCAAGCUCAACCUCGAUUACGAUCCAAAUCCAAGCAAUCUCACCCUCCACCACUUCAAGCUCAACCUCAAGCUCGAUCUUCAUCUAGUCAUAUUAGUGGUGAAGAAAAUAUAUCAAAAAUUCCAAUACUCCCAGAAGGGGAUGGGUUUGAUCAACACAAACAAGUAAUUUCAACAAUUGCUAGCAUCUUACGUUCUAGCUUGGAAGAGGGAAAACCGUCAUGGAAAAAGUUAAGUAAAGAUAAGCGAAAUGAUUUGUUCGAAUUAUUUAAGGUAAU